AUGUCUCAAGGUACCAAAUCCUCGAUUCUUAACUGGGCUAGCAAAGAUGGUGAGUUCAGACGUCAACAGUCUGUCUUUCGCGACUUUAUUGAAGAUAAGCCUGAUGCCAAGUUUGCUCCCGAACCUGAUCGUUAUCAUCUCUACAUUUCUUGGGCUUGUCCUUGGGCUCACCGUACGGCUAUUGUACGUAACUUGAAAGGACUUGACAAGAUAAUCGGCCUAUCUGCUGUUGAUUAUCUGAUGCUUGAUAAAGGGUGGAAGUUUUCUACCGAACAAGAAUGUCCUGGUGCUAUUCCUGAUACUGUCAACAAUGCUUCUUAUAUUCGUGACAUCUAUUUCAAGGUCAAUCCAAACUAUGAGGGUCGUUUUACUGUCCCUGUUCUUUGGGACAAGAAGCUCCAGACGAUUGUCAACAAUGAAAGUUCUGAAAUCAUUCGUAUGUUCAAUACAGUAUUUAACAAGUUUUUGAGCAAAGAGCAAGCAGAACUCAACUAUUAUCCCGAGCCCCUUCGAAAAGAGAUUGACGAGACAAAUGAAUGGGUUUAUGAUACUGUCAAUAACGGUGUUUAUAAAUCUGGUUUUGCAACCACUCAGGAAGCUUAUGAAAACAACGUGUUUCCUUUAUUCAAAUCUUUGGAUAGAAUCGAAAAAAUGCUUGACGGUCACAAGUAUUUAGUACAAGACACGUUUACUGAAGCCGAUAUUCGAUUAUUUACUACGAUUGUCAGAUUUGAUCCUGUCUAUCAUGGUCAUUUCAAGUGUAAUUUAAAGUCCAUUCAACACGACUAUCCAAACAUCUUGGAAUGGACACGUCGCAUUUAUCAAAAACCAGGAGUGAAAGAAACAGUCAACAUGGAUCACAUCAAGAGACACUAUUACAUGUCCCACAGACAAAUUAACCCAACCCAAGUUGUUCCCAUUGGUACUGGUCCUGACCUUUCAGUUCCCGUUGAACCUUAA